AUGGCAUCACCACACUCCCUCCGUAUAUUAAAGGAAAUAGAAAAAUUACGAAACUUAGCAGCAGAUACAAAUCCAUCAUCAACAAAAUUUAUUCUUGAUACAACGCCAGUGGAAAAUCCAGGAUCAAAUAUAAUUCUUGGAAGAAUUUUACCUAAAUCACAACCUUAUAAUCAAGCUGCCUUUCAAAUAGAAAUCAAAUUACCAACUGAUUUUCCAUUUAAGGCACCUGACGUUCGUUUUAUUACAUCUAUUUAUCAUCCAAAUGUUGGUGAGGAUGGUAAAAUAUGUCUUGAAAUACUCAAUUCUAGUGGAACUUUCAAACCAACAACAACAUUAGUUGAUAUUGUUAAAGCUGUUGUUGAACGUGUUGAUAAUCCAAGUGUUGAACAUGCACUUCAAGCAGAAAUUGGCGCUGAAUAUUCACAAAAUAGAACUGCAUUUGAUCGUAAAGCAUUAGAAAUGGUUAAAAAACAUGGUUUACCACGAAACUAG